AUGGAAGAAACUAUACGUCAAAAAUUAACAAGUGGGCUGAAGCCAUAUCAUUUGGAAAUUGAAGACAUCUCAAAUCAGUGUGGGUUGAAAUUUUGCCUCACAAUCGUUUCUGAUAGUUUUAACGGAAUUACCAGAUUGGCAUCGCAUAGGUUAGUCCAUGACGUUUUGAAGGAUGAAAUGGAUGCGCUGCAUGCAUUGGUAAUCAAGACGUAUACACGUGAUCAAUGGGACAUAAGAGAUAUGUUUGUUUAUCAAUUAUUGAAAUGGACUUCUGAUAAUCCUACAAGUGAAGACGAACAGUCAAAAGAGGAAAUUAGUGAGCAACUGAGAUCGAAAUUUGUCUCGGCUUGCACAUAUUUACCUACUGCACUCAGUGAAUUUCAAAUCUCACGCAAGAAUCAGCUUUAUUUUUACGCUCGCUAUAAACUUGUUACUGAUGGCAAAGCAGAUCCUUCUAAACGACCCAAAAUAUACGACGUAAUUGCGCGUGAGAAAUUCGAUGCGUGGUUAGCUUUAGACGACAUGUCUCGUGCAGAAGCCAUGAGACAGUACAUUGCGAAGAUGAUUGAGCUCAAUCUCGGUUGGAAUGGAACUGAAAACUAUCAUAGUCAUUAUAGGAUGAGGCCGAGUACGAUGGCUGAUUCAGAAUCCAUUGAGACCGAAUCCUCUCAAAUGAGUAUGGAACAGCUUGAGUGGUUUGAUGCCUUAGAUGAAGGCAAUAUCGAUAAGUUAAAAGACCUUUUAGAUGGCAAUCCUGGGCUACUAGAAGAAAGAGAUGAAAAUCAAUUAACUGCACUGCACUGGGCUUCUGAUCGUGGAAAACUGGAACUUGUUGAAUUCCUUACCGGUGCUGGAGCUAAUGUUAAUAUUCAAGAUUAUGAUGGACAAACACCUUUACACUAUGCUGUUUCGUGUACUCACCGAUCUGUAGUGGAUUUCUUGCUGAGGAAAGGUGCCGAUCCUGUAAUCGCCGACUUUGAAGGAAAUUGCCCGCUAGAUAUCGUUAGUGAUGCAGGUAUAAAGAAGAUGUUGGAGAACGCACUAGGGGGAAAAUAA